AUUAAUUGGUAAAACAUGGGCAAGAAAAAGGGAGGCAACAAGAACAAGCUGGCCAAAAUGUCCGAGGAGGAACGGGCUCGGUAUCUGCAGCAUCGAGCCGAUAUGGAGGAGGAAGCACGUCGCAGAAAGCAGCAGUUGAUUGCCACUUUUAUGAAGAACAAACUGAAACGCGAGGACGCCUUUGCCCGGUUGAACCUGGCCAAAAUCAACCAGGAAUGGCGCAGCAUCCUGCGCAACAUCAAAUGCAAGGAGCUGAAGAACGAAAUCGAACAGGUGGAAAAGAUGUGCACCGAGUGCAUUGAGAACAAAAAUGGCAUCAUCCGGCGGUUGCUGUGCGAUCUGGACGAAUCGGAGGAAAUCUACUCGACCAUGCUGCACGCCCACAUGGAGAAGAUCGAGAAGCUCAUGAACAUCCACAACGAUCGGUUGCAGUUUCUGAACAAGUUGUACGAGAUCGAGAAGAAGGAGAUCAUCGAAAACUACGACCAGGAGAUUGCGCACUACAAGAGCAAGAAGUUCGGACUGCAGAAGGAGUUGGAAUGCGUGUUCUACGGGUUGGCGGAACGAUCGAGGGUAGAUCGAAAUCGAGCGGAGGAGGAGCACAUGUUGAAGAAGGAUGAGCUGAAGAAUUCGAUGAUCCUGAAGCUGGAGAUGAUCACCAAGGAGCGCGAGCGGCACAUGGAGAAGCUCUGGAAGGAAUUCCAAAGGGUCCUGAACGCGUACCUGCGCAACACCGAAGAGUACCGCAAUGAGUACAGCAAACUGCGCGACCAGGACGCCAACGAUACUCGCCACAUCCAGAACCACUACGUCGAGGUGGCCCGACUGAGUGAAUUGAUAUCGAACCUGCGCCAAAAGUUGGUUACCAUCAAGGACGAGCACGAGUUCAACGUCAAGCAGCUGCAGAAGACCAAGGUGGAGCAGCAGGAGCGUAUCCGGAACAUCAAACAGGAGAUGGAGAUCGGAUUGAAGAUGGACGGCGAUAAACUGAAACAGUUAGCCGUCUGUGGGCACGGCGCAUUGAAAUAUUUGCAAAAUUUUCUAAAACGUGGCAAUGGGAUUCUGCAGAUUGCCACGUUCUGCAAGAAGUUCGAAACGGAGAACGAGAGCCUGUUGCCGUUUGUACAUAGUGCCGUGAAGCGGCAGAUGUUCGAGGUUGACGAGGACGAGCUGAAGGAAGCGACGACGGAGUUUGAAGUGUUUAAGAAGGAUACCUUCGGGAUUGCGAAGAAGUUUGAAAACUUCUGGAUGAGGUUCAACAAAGCACGGGUCGACUGUGCGUGUUUGCAGGAGGAGAAGAAACAACUACUGGAGGAGAACGAACGGUUGAAAAAUCAGCUGAAGGAGUAUCUGAUUACGGUGAAUAUGAACAACGGAGGAUCACUGGAGUCGAACGAAACGCUACUGGCGGAGAGACCGAGCUCUAUGAAGGUAGAGAAGGUGAUUCAUAUUGAUUUGAAGCUCAAGGCAGUGAGAUUCAACAAGGAAGGCAAACGUAGGCCUGUGACUUGCAUUGAGGGAAAUUUGAGCAAUGCAAUCAGGAACGAUCGACUGAAGGAGAUCAGAAGCAGACCGAGUGAGUUGUACUCCUUGAUUCAGCAGUCUUCGUCGUAGAUUCAUCGUGUGCUUGGU